GCCUAAGGAUUGCUUGCGCAAAGUUUGCAGUUUGCAGUGCUAGAUCUAGAGAUCGACAUUCCUGCUCAGAACGCUGCAGCCGCAGCAAUACGAAGAUCGGCCAUGGCUCAAUGCGCGGAGGAGGCCAUGGACUGCGAUGCCGAGUUUAAAACGGAGGGCCACCCCCUCAUCGGCCGCGAGGUCAUCCGCAGCGAUUCGAAGGGCACCGUCGUCGGCUGGCUCUCGGCGGCGGAGUCCGACUUCGUCGACGGCGACGGCCUGCCCGCCGCGCUCUUCCACGUCGAGUACACGGAAGGCGAGCUCGCGGGCGAAGAAGAAGACUUCGAAUUAUAUGAAGUAGAAGAGGCCUUACCGGAGACUAUCGAGCGAACGGCGAAGCCCUGGAAGGUCACGGACGACAACAAGAAAAUUCUCGAGGAGUUACGCGACGGCGAGCUCAAGAAACCGGACGGCGCGCGGACGGCCACGCAGCUUGCGGCCAAGGCGGUGCGCCUGAAAUUCUUCCAGAAGAAGAAGCAAGGGGCCAUCCAAUCGAUGAUCAGCAAGUGGCAGCUUGUAUCCCAAGAACACAAGGACCCACGCGGGUUGCGAGUCGCCGCCCACGCGAAGCUCAAACUCGCCGAGAUUGAGGCCAAGGACGUGACGGCGCGCAAGGGCGACUUCAUCGUCGCGAACCAUGGUUUGGAUUGCAGAAGUGGGCUAGGAUCGAACAAGCACCCGCGAGACGCGGCUUUGGGCCCGGUCUACGUGAGGAUCAAGAACGGCGGCAGCGCCAAAGACGUCGAGGAGGCGACCACGGAAGCGCUCCACGCGGCCUUAGCGGUGCUGUCGUACCACGAGGCCCACGGCCGCAAGCAAUUAGAGGAGCUCGAGCGCGCGAACGCGACGAGGUACGCCGCGGUCGUGAAAUACCGCGAGAAGUGGGACGACCAGACGAUCCUCAAGGUCGACGACGGCUGGAGUACGUCCGACAUCGAUGGCGUCAGGCGCAUUAAGACCGCCCCGGGCAUGCCCGACCUCCUCGAGGUCGUUGUCAAGGGCCAGCACUUCGGCAAGCAGCGCGAGGACACGGAGGAGGGCCUCAAGGAGAUCAAGCGGAUGGUCGAGGAGACGCAAUCGGAGGAGCUGGGGCGCCGCGCCGCGAGGAAAGAGGCCGACGCCGACCUCGCUUCCGGUGUGACGACUCUGCAGCAGAAGGUCGUCGAGCAGGGCAUCACCUUCGUGUCGCCCGAGCAGCAGGAAGCGUUGGGCGACGACGCGCCGGCCCCGUCCUGGAGGGUGGAUGCGCCGCCGCAGCAGCAGCAGACAUUUCUCCGGGCGCAGCGGACUGGCAAAGUGGAUAGAGAUGUGGCGCAGUCCAUAGGGGCGGCCUACGAGGCGGCGGCGGCGGCACGGCGCCUCGGACUCUGGGGCGCGCCCGAUGACCGGGACAUGACGGAUUGGGAGGCGCACGUGCGCGCGAGCGGUCAGAAAACGCCGGCCGCCGACCGACCGACGAAGACCUGCUUCGACGAGCUGACACGCCCGACGGAUCGAGACCUCACGGAGCUGUUGGAUGCGCUAGGAGUCGACGCGCCGAUAGUUUGUUCUGCUGCGCCGGCCAGGCCGCAGGAGCUCCUCGGGGCGGGCCGGCAAACGAAAGAUAGGUCGCGCAAGCUCUUUGUUGAAGUGGAGGCGGAGCACGGCGCCGCCGUUGCCGGGGAUCGGAGGGGGUUCGACUCGUUCAAGGACGCUUUGAAUGCCCGCGCGCGGGAAACUGGCUUCAUGAAAGAAGCCAUCGAACUAUUUAUCGGCGCGCGCUUGACACAGCCCCAGUACGCGGCCGUGGAGGAUUGCUUCUGUAUCGACGUUCUUAUUGACUUCGACGACGGCGGCGAAGAGAAUCUCUCCAUCGCCGUGCCGGAGGGCGUCGUCCUUCGGCCGACGACGUUCGCCAGCCGCUGGAAGUACGGCGCCUUCCGUCCCGAGUGGCGGCGCUACUACGGCGCGCGGCUCAUUCAGAUCGUCUCGCUGCGGGCCGCCUUCGCGACUGCCAUGUAUGCAGCGUUGCACGCGCGAGGCCUCGAUUAGCUGCCAGCGCAGCCGUCGCCGCGUCGCGUUCUCCGUUCUAAGAAGUGUGCG